GGGAGGCUCACACUCUCCCACUUCUCGGGGCUGGCGCACACGGGCCGGCCACAGCCGCCUCUCCCAGUCCCGGCGGCGGCGGCGGAGGAAGAGGAGGAGGAGGAGGAGGACGAGGAGGAACCAGCUCCAGGAGCCCCGCGCGGCGUCCCUCCCCGCCCUCGGGGCUGCGAUCACCGGCCCCCACCGGCCCCGCGGGGCGCGCACCUCCCGGAUCCCGGCCCUCCCUCCCUCUCUCUCGCCCCGCGUCCAGGUCCGUACUCCGCGGCGGCCCCUCUGCGUGUGCGGGCCGGCGGCCGGACGGUCGGGCGGCCGGCCGGCGGGCCAGACGGGACCAGGCGAGCGGGGACGGCCGUCGGGGGGCGAGCUCCGGGCCCCGCACCCAGACGCCCUCGCGCACGGCCGGCCGGGGCCCCCCGGGACCAUGAACAGCAGCAGCAGCAGCGCCAAAGGCGGCGGGGGCAGCAGCGACAAGGAGCCCAGCCCGAGCGACAGCGGCCUCCCGGAGGAAGAGGUCCGGACCCUCUUUGUCAGUGGCCUCCCUCUGGACAUCAAGCCUCGGGAGCUUUAUCUGCUCUUCAGACCAUUUAAGGGCUAUGAAGGUUCCCUAAUAAAGCUGACAUCGAAGCAGCCCGUAGGCUUCGUCAGCUUUGAUAGUCGAUCAGAAGCGGAAGCUGCCAAGAAUGCUCUCAAUGGCAUUCGCUUCGAUCCUGAAAUUCCCCAGACGCUGCGACUAGAGUUUGCCAAGGCAAACACAAAGAUGGCAAAGAACAAACUUGUCGGAACCCCGAACCCCAGUACACCUCUGCCCAGUACCGCCCCUCAGUUCAUCGCCAGGGAGCCGUAUGAGCUCACAGUGCCUGCACUUUAUCCCAGUACCCCUGAAGUGUGGGCCCCGUACCCUCUGUACCCAGCGGAGUUGGCGCCUGCUCUACCCCCGCCUGCUUUCACCUAUCCCGCUUCACUGCAUGCCCAGGUCCCCUGGCCCCAACCUGUAGCAGGGAGUCUGUCCCCUCUCCCCUUCCUUCACCACCUGUCCCAGGAAGGCCACUCCAGCUCUGCUCUGUGCUUAAUGAGCACGUGGAUUCAGAUGCACAAAGCCGGGAACCACGGAUGCGCUGGCUCCCUCCCUCCGAGGCCACUUCUCAGGGCUGGAAGUCCCGUCAGUUCUGCUGAAUACUGUAAGUUCUCAGGACUGACAGUCAUCGGGAGAACCAGAGAGAGAAAGACCAAGCAAACACACUUCCAAGACCAUUCCCAUUCUAUGUUACCAGGGGCAGGUACCAGGUGUGUGAUGGCGGCUACACUUUGUCUUGUGGGUAUUGAUAGAAUCUUCGGCAGUGGCUGCUGGUUUUGUGAGCUGUUUUGUAAGACUGCAGCUUACUGGCUUGAACGAAGCAUCACCUGGUUUGAUUCCUCCAAGACUUUGCCACAGCCUCUAUCACACAUCUGUACUUGUCGAAGAAAAAGCAUAAUAAUAAAUAAAGGUGUUUUUUCUCUUUUACACUGUAUAAUAUAAGAACUAGUGUUUCUGUGAACGCGUGGUUUGCCAUCCAUUGCUGAAGAGUCUGAAUGAAGCUUUAAACAUCACGUAAACACGCAGCAGGAGAGAGUGUUUUCUAUGCUGAACAUUGUAAGGACGCCUGGAUGAUCGUACACUGGGUUGGAUCACAGUUUUUGUGUUUGACUUUUGAAUGCUUAGAAUCAGAGUUUCUAUUUUGUUCCCCUGUUAAGCUGCAUGUCUGGGGAAUUUUUAAAAAUCUUAUCAGCCUUUUUGUAUUGUGAGUUUGUGUAUUUUUGUUGUUCUGGUUCGGGUCUUGGGGAAGGUCCUACAUGGUGUGUGUGUGUCAGACACAGUCGUAUGUAGUUACGGAGUUAGCUUUUAACUCCCAAUUCUGCCAGCACAUUUACUCCUUGGCCAGGGAAGGUUCUUUUCUUGGUAUAUUUGCAGCUAGAUGAGCUGAAGUUUUCUGGGUCUCAGUCCCAUAGCUAGGGAGUUGUGCCAGUACCAAGCCACAGGGCCAUUCCAGACUGGGUGGGGGAGAAGAAGUGCCUUGCUCUUCUAUUUGUUAUCACACCCCUUAAGGAGGAACACCUAGGGGAAGGGAAGAGCUCUUGGUUCUCUUGUGGACAGAAACCUUGGCUCAGGGUUUGAGAGAAGCUGACCCAGCCCUCUCAGUCCCCUGCACCAGGGGUUCUGCAAACAUUAGGCUAGUUAUGGGAUCUUGGGCAGCCCCGAACCAAACAUAGUCCUGUUUUCUAUUCAUGAGAAAAUGUCAGCCCAGCACAGAAGAAGCUGGUGUGAACCACAUGGAGCUCCAUGUUUUUACACCUCUUCUCAAGAGAGACCUCCUCAGAACCAGUCAUGACUCUCUUUUUGGUCCUAAGUUUGUUUGAGUUGUUUGUCUGAUACUUUAGAGGUUAAUAAACAUGUUCACCAUUUUAUCAUAGGUGUGUUCACACUUGUUUGUUGUUGGGUUUUUUUUUCCUCUUAAUACAGAGUUCUGGAAGGAAGGGUGGGGAAUAUAAGAAUGAUGACAAAGUCAAGAAACUUAAGGUUUCUAAAGUCACAAAAAGCACAAUGGAGAAGGGCAAUGAGGUGGAAGGUACCCUUCCUGUUGUUAAAGGGAAAAGUCAAACUAAGGACGCCUCACGUGUCAUACUGCUCUGAAAAGCCAUGCUGGGACCUUCAUGGGUGGAUCAAUGGCUCAUGAGUGACAAGCCUGCUUCCUUAGGAAGCUGGCUGUCCCCUCCUAGCCUCUCACACUUUCUUGAACGUCUGAAGGUAUUUUUUAUUGUGACUUAUUUUUUUAAAGAAAUAAAGUUUUGCUUCUAGCUGCCA